UACCUGCGCCUCGUCCGGAAGUAGUUGCUGCGAUUCUCCCAUACUGCUUCCGGGUUAUCGUAUUCACUCGUUUACUCGGUGGCGCUAGACGCUGCUCUCUCGGCUCCGGCCGCACAGCUGGGAUGUCUGCUGUACACGGUUCCCUCCUGGUUUCGGUGUAAAAAAAAAAAAAAAGAAUAAGCUAAAACAGUCUAAUAAUAGAGAAACUGAGAGAGUGUGUGUAGUGCAGACAUGGCCUUUGAGAGCCUGUUCUCCAGACCCCCCAACUCUGCCCUACUAGACACCCACAUGACAGAGUGUCAGCAUGCAGGGGACGAAAGAAAGGAGGGAGAGCUGGAGGAUGGUGAAAUAGAGGAUGGUGGAUUUGAAGAGGAGCCUGAGCCAGAAGAAGUAAAGGAAGAACCCAAGGAAGAAGGGGAGAAGCCCCCUAGUGAGAAGUCGCACAAGAAGUCAAGAAAGCGUAAGAGGGAGAAGAAGAAACGCAGGCGUAGGGAGAAGCACAAGCAUAGUGACAACAGUUCAGAUUACAGCUAUGAUUCAGAUGAACAUUCAGAGAGGCCCCACAAACCUCCCAUGUACAGAGACUAUGAUUCCCAUUAUUCACAGCGAGGCCAUGGACCUGGAAGUUACAUAGGACCCCACAAGAAAAAUACUUCCAGUUAUGAUGACUACAGUAAUUACAGUGAUGGCAACUACAACGAAGAAGAUGACGAUGACUAUGCAGAACAGCUGAAACACUACAGACAAGCAAAGGACAGUCCGAACAUGGGAGAACCCCCUUAUAAAAAGAUGAAUAUGAAAGGGGGAGAACUAGGGGAGCAACAACAAAAAGGUUAUUACUAUAGUAGGGGAGGUGGUCCUCAUAAGAAGAUGAUGAUGCGUAAGGAUAGAGGUCGAGGCCGAGGGGGACACAAAGGAUCCUAUUAUCAAGAUGGCUAUCAGGAGCAGGAUCAUAAACCUAAGAAAUGGGUGACUAUGAGUCAGGAGUUCAUUAAUCAGCACACAGUGGAACGCAAUGGAAAACAGAUCUGCAAAUAUUUUCUGGAACGGCGAUGUGUUAAGGGGGAGAACUGUAAGUUUGAUCAUGAUGCAGAGAUAGAAAAGAAGAAAGAAAUUUGUAAGUUUUAUAUACAAGGAUAUUGCACCAGAGGAGAGAAUUGCAUCUAUAUGCAUGAUGAAUUUCCUUGCAAAUUUUACCAUACUGGAGCAAAGUGCUACCAAGGAGACAACUGCAAAUUUUCCCAUGAGCCUCUUAAUGAUGACACCAGAGAGUUACUGAACAAGGUAUUAAAUGCAGAAGAAGAAAAACAGCUACAACUUGAGGAAGAGGAGGAGGAGGAAGAAGAAGAAGAAGAGAUGCCACGACAUGGAGGGAAGUAUUACAACCAGCCAUACAUGCCAUUUGUUGGAAACCACCCAUCAAUGUACAACUCGGAGCCCCUCCCAGAACCAGGACCUAUGAUAUCACCACCACAGUCCAUGCCAAUGUAUGGCAACCAGGGAAUGAACAUACCAUUCAACCAGUCUUCAGCACAAGGCCAUGGCCAAAACCACCAGAGGGAUGGCAAUGGUAUUCCUUUUCUCCAAACUGUAGAAGAGAAAACGCAUAGCAUGCAACCGCAAAACAGCUAUCAGCACUCCCAGAAUGCUCCUGGAUACUAUGAUAACUACUACUCCCAGCAGGCUGUUCACCAUGUGCAGUCUACAAACCUAUCAGAAUCUGUGUGUAAAGUUUUGUUCUCAAGAAUUGGCAAAAACCUAGAUGGUGCAGAAACCAGCCAGCCACCUCCCCCACAAAGAUCAGUGAGCAGAGACGAAGAUGAGUUUGCAAACUGGUACAGCAGUGAAGAGGAGGAUGGUAGCGGUGUGAGUUCAAUCCUAAAAACACUUAGAAACCAAGCAAAGUUGGCACGGACCAACUCUACAGAACAAAAGUCAGUUCCUCAAAUUAAUGACCCAAGGCUUGCAAAAGACAGGGUGGGGUCAGGGCAGAUAUUUGAUCCUCGAGUAAGACCCUCUCAGGGGCUAAGUCCAGGCCAUCAGGGAGAGAAUGUGUCUGCUGACCCAAGAGUGGCUCGUGACCCCAGAAAAAUUAAACUGAAUGAGACCUCCACUGUCAGUCAACCAGUUCAACCUGUGGGUAUUGCUAAGCAGCAGAAAGUGGUGGAUGAAGACGAUGAAGAUGCUGAGAGGGAACUGAGGGAGAAGGCAGCUAUUAUUCCAUUAGAAAUGUUACCAGGUGUGACACUGAGGGACCCCCGACGUAAACUGAGACAGUUCAGUCACAUUAAAAAGGACAUUAUACUGGCCAAACCUCACUUUGCAAAACUAAUUGUUUGGGCACCUGAGGAUUUACUUCCUGUACCCCCUCCUAAACCUGACCCCGUAUCUUCAAUAAAUUUGCCAUUACCCCCACUUAUAGCCGAUCAGAGACUUAACAGGUCAAAGAGUCUAAGCGAAGUGCUCCAUUCUGGCCCUGAUCCAAGGUUGGAAAGGUUGGAUCCGAGACUGGAAUUAAAAGCAAAACAAGCCAAUAUGGCAGCCAGAAGUACCCUUACAGAGCCAGCUGACUCAAAUGUGAUUAAACCAAGUGAUCCUCGGCUUCAGAAAACCAUUCAAUCGAGAUUUCACCGGUCUCCGAGCUCCGAUGCCCAACCUGGAGCAAUUAAAGAAAUGGUGCCUCAAAAAGUUGACCCCCGCUUGGCAGCCAGGUCAGCGAUGGGGUCAUCACCAACAUCGGUUAAAUCACCUCAAGAUGUACUUUCAACAUACACUCCUAAAUUGUCCCCAUCAAGUAGUAAAUUGGGAUCUCCAGGGUCAAUACUGAAGAAUAUCAGUAUGUUCAGUCCUCUUGACAGUGCAGCCACUUCUUCAGAGCCUUUGUCCACUGAGACAGGAGAUAAUGAAGAUCAUCAGAAGAAGCCUGCCAAUACGAACAUGCCAUCUGCUGAGCCUGAAGUAAUGGACAGUGUGCAGCAACCUGUGAGCUCAUCAGAAGGACUGGCAUUGGACAAAGAUGCUCAAAGCUCUGAGGAUGUGGACAAACCUGAAAACUCUGAUGAGAAACUCGAAACAGAAAAUCAACCUCCAGCAGUACAGUCAGCUACUGCACCAGCAGUUCAUAACCUGCCAAUCCAGGCCUUAUCAGGACUUAUCAGGCCCCAGUACAAUGAUCCAAGGCAAACCAAGUCAACAGGACCUGCCAGCCAGGUCUUACAGAUCCACAUGACAAUGCUUUAAACUUCCUUAUGGGCCUCUAACGUUGUACAGUGAUGCCAAAAACUGCUAGGGUCUCUAGCACUACUGUUAAGCAGGGCACUAGGCGUUUGGGUAAACUGCUGCCAGUUUUGGACGAGGGCACUUUACAAAAGGAAGCCUGUACUGAAUAGUCAAAAUAGGACUGAGGGGAGAGACGAUGUUAAAAACUCUCGAAAGAAUGAAAAAAAAAACUGAAAUUAUUUUUGGAAGAAAAUAUACAUAUAUGUAUAAUUAUGUACCUAUUUAAAGAAAACAACAAAAACAAAUACACUUUUAAUGGGUUGAGUUCUAACAACGAUAAGGGGUUUGUGGCACACCAUCCCUAAAACCAUGCAUGCUGUUGAUAUGGCUCUCCCGCUUAAAGUCCCUGGUGGAAGUGAGACCUCUAGUGGGCGGUUUGUGAAGUGGGGAGAGAUUCUGUGGCUUCUAAUAUCCCUCUGUACUGUUGAGAGUCUGUUCUGUAGACAAUGCUCUAUUUCCAAUGACAAGAGAGGCCCAUUGCAUCUGCACAUCGGGCUUCCUCCUUUGUUUUAUUUCUGUAUAAAUAUGUAUGUGAUUUUUUUUAUUUUGUAUAUCGUUUUUUUUUUUUUGCCCUCUUUCGACUUGUAAUAAAAUAGGCUUUUUACUA